AUGCUCUCUAGCCUCGGAAGCCCGCGCCAAGCGGCUGCGCAGGUACUCAACUUUGCCCUGAUUCUGUCCUCCGCGUUCAUGAUGUGGAAAGGUCUCUCCGUCAUCAGUGACUCGCCCUCGCCGAUUGUCGUCGUCCUCUCGGGCAGCAUGGAGCCCGCCUUUCAGCGCGGCGACCUGCUACUCCUCUGGAACCGCAACCUGCUCACGGAAACGGCCGUCGGCGAGGUUGUCGUCUAUAAUGUAAAGGGCAAAGAUAUUCCCAUUGUGCAUCGUGUGGUGCGCAAGUUUGGUUCUGGAGACAAGGCACAGCUUCUCACCAAGGGCGACAACAAUGCUGGCGACGACACCGAGCUAUACGCCCGCGGGCAAGACUACCUCGAGCGACAGGAUAUAAUUGGCAGCGUUGUUGGCUACGUCCCGUUUGUCGGCUACGUGACGAUCAUGCUGUCGGAGCACCCCUGGAUGAAGACGGCUAUGCUGGGCAUAAUGGGUCUUUUGGUCGUUUUACAAAGAGAAUAA